GUAAACCAUAAGGAAAAAGUAGAAUGGAUACAAUCACGAGAAAUGUUCUUAUCUGAUAUUGAAUCAUUUGAUAAAAGUGAUCUAUUCGAAAUAGAAAACUUAAUAACGUGUGGAAAUUUAAAUAUAUACUAUUAUGCAGUUACACCUUUACUCCAUUUAAAAAAUACUGAAGAAUAUCCAUUAUUAAAUGAAUUAGAAAACAAACAUUCUGAUCUGCUGGUAGGCAAAUAUGAGGGUGGAUUCAAGAUAUGGGAGUGCACCUUUGAUUUAAUUAAUUUUUUGGCUAAAAAUACAGAAACAUUUAAAUUUAGCAAAACUAAAGUCUUGGAUUUGGGUUGUGGAGCAGGCAUUGUAGGAUUAUUUUGUAUGUUAGAAGGAGCUACAGUUUAUUUUCAGGACUAUAACUCCGAGGUACUAAAGCUGCUCACUAUGCCGAAUGUUGUGUUAAAAAGAGAAGCAAAUUGUAAUAGUGAUCAAAAAUUUUUUUGUGGUGACUGGAAGUCAUUUUGUGAUCUCCUGAUCAAUAAUGAAAUCAAAGAAGAUCAAAAAUUUGAUUACAUCAUGACGUCAGAAACAAUUUAUAAUACUGACAACUAUGGAAAGCUGUAUAAUCUCUUCAAACAACUUUUGAAGGCUAAUGGUAGAAUAUUUGUAUCAGCAAAAAGUCAUUACUUUGGUGUUGGAGGCAGUACAAAAGAAUUCAUUGAAUAUAUUUCUAGAGAAAAAAUAUUCCAACCAGAUUGUGUAUGGGAAUGUAAUGAGGGCAUUAGAAGAUGUAUAUUGAAAGUCACAUUUAGAAACAAUGAAUGAGAAUAAUGUACAUUUAUGUUGCAUUUAAUAAGUAAAUCAUGCGU